AUGACAGCCGCUACAAAGUCGUCUAGCGUACUACUGAACACACAUGACAGCGGCAUCAGGCCCUAUUUCGAGCAGAAGAUCCAGGAAACGGAGCUGAAAAUACGCACGAAGACCGAGGAUUUGCGUCGUCUGGAGGCGCAAAGAAACGCUCUGAAUGACAAAGUUAGAUUCAUCAAAGACGAGUUGAGGCUGCUGCAGGAGCCGGGCUCGUAUGUGGGGGAAGUUGUGAAGGUGGUGUCAGACAAGAAAGUGUUGGUUAAGGUGCAGCCAGAGGGCAAGUACAUCGUGGACAUCUCAAAGGACAUCAACGUCAAGGAUUUGAAGCCAUCACAGAGAGUAUGUCUGAAGAGUGACUCGUACAUGCUGCACAAGGUGCUGGAGAACAAGGCGGACCCGCUUGUUUCGCUGAUGAUGGUGGAGAAGGUCCCGGACUCUACAUACGACAUGCUUGGCGGUCUGAACAAGCAGAUCAAGGAGAUAAAAGAAGUGAUCGAGUUGCCGGUCAAACACCCAGAGCUCUUCGAGAGUCUCGGUAUAACGCAGCCCAAGGGUGUGAUCCUGUAUGGGCCACCAGGGACCGGUAAGACGCUUUUGGCUCGAGCCGUCGCACACCACACAGACUGUAAGUUCAUCAGGGUUAGCGGUGCAGAGCUGGUGCAGAAGUACAUCGGCGAGGGCUCGCGUAUGGUCCGCGAGCUCUUCGUGAUGGCCAGGGAACACGCGCCCUCGAUCAUAUUCAUGGAUGAGAUAGACUCGAUCGGAUCGAGCCGUGUCGAGGGCGGCUCCGGCGGCGGCGACUCCGAGGUGCAGAGAACAAUGCUCGAGCUUCUGAACCAGCUGGACGGGUUCGAGACCUCCAAGAACAUCAAGAUCAUCAUGGCGACGAACAGACUCGACAUACUGGACCCGGCACUGCUAAGACCCGGCAGGAUCGACCGUAAGAUCGAGUUUCCGCCUCCAACGGUUGCUGCCCGGACGCAGAUCCUCCGGAUCCACUCCAGAAAGAUGAAUCUCACCCGCGGAAUCAACCUCAGAAAGAUCGCCGAGAAGAUGAACGGCUGCUCCGGCGCUGACGUGAAAGGUGUCUGCACCGAGGCCGGCAUGUACGCGCUCCGGGAGCGCAGAAUCCACGUCACGCAGGAGGACCUUGAGCUCGCCGUGGGCAAAGUCAUGAACAGGAACCAGGAGACCGCUAUCUCCGCCGCCAAACUCUUCAAAUAG